CGCCCAACCCACGUUUCCUGUACGAUUCGGAUGCAACCAUGCGGCGCAGUAACCACCAGAUCUCGCGACUAAUGCCCUCUCGCGCCAUCGUAUGGCCCGAGUCAAAUUCCCACCAGGCCCCCGGAUUCUCCGCCUUAAAUAUUAGAAUCUGGGAAGUUUUUCGUGGAGGUUUCUAUCUGAGUGGCCAAUAUGGCUUUGAAUGUCUUCUACGAUUCGCAAGAGGCCGCCGGCUGGAUCCUGAGCGUCAUACUCGCUCCCAUAUGCAUUCUCGCGACGGCACUUCGGUUUCUGGCGACUAAGCGCGGCGGUCGCAAGCUUGGGUGGGAGGAUUGGUAUGCUCUGGCUGCGCUGGUGUUCUUCUUGCCUUACGUUGGAUAUUUGAUAUGGAUAUUGACGCUCGCCAACGGCCGUCCCUUAACGGUUUUCAUCAAGGAGGAGCCCGCAAAAUGGACUGAAGCGGCGAAGGUCGGCCUUAAUAUGAACGGCCUAUAUGGCAUUCAGCAAAGCUUCGCUAAGUUCAGCCUUUUGGCGCUCUACUACCGACUGUUCUGGGUCGAGCGUACUUUUGCGAUCAUUGUCUGGGCCGUGGCAAUCUUACAGGGAGCGUGGGGCAUAGUUGUACUGCUCGUGCACAUAUUCGCUUGCAUCCCCGUGGCUAAGAGCUGGCAGCCGGAAAUCCCUGGGUAUUGUGUGGAUAUCAACACGUUCUUUAGCAUCUACGAGCCCAUCAACGCGGCUAUCGACUUCGCUAUGGCGGGCAUGGCUAUUUGGAUGUUGCACGCGCUGCAGAUGAAGAAAAAGACCCAAUGGUAUCUGAGCGGGCUGUUCAUAUUAGGUGGCUUUUCAGGAGUUAUCGGCAUAAUCAAAGUGGUCGAAGCCCAAAACAGCGCUCAACGCAAUUUCCUCUCCGUGAUCUGGAACCUGAUACAGAUGGCGACGAGCAUAAUCUGCUGCUGCGCGCCCAUCUACAACUCGAUCCUGCCCAAGGUCGGGCUCUACACGGCCUUCCGAUCGUGGGCCUCGCAGACCUUCACGCGCCGGCCCUCCUCCUCCUCGGCGGGGCUCAGCGAGCGCAAGGAGAGCGGCGCCGGCAUCUCGACGACGAAGACGAGCAAGGCCUCGUCCGCCAAGUCCGCGAAGUCGUACCAGAGCCAGCCGAAGAAUCUGGAUAGGCACGCGCACUGGGUGCACUUGGACGGAUCCAGCGAACGAGGCUUGGCGUGGGCUGAGAUCGAGGCGGAGAGGAAGGGUAGUAAGGGAGGGGGAGAUGAGGGGGGUGGGGACGGGAUUGCGAUGGGGGCUAUUACGGUGAAGCGGUCUAUUGAUGUUGUUUAACUGGGACAAAUCAUUAUGUAAGGGAUAUCUUAUGUCGUUAUGAUGAAAUGGAAAUUGCUGGGUUAUGGGAUCACUGGCUGUUGGGCAGGCGUUCAUGUCGUUGGUGUGUAUGAGUAAAAUGCCUGAGAUUUAUACCCGACGAUACCGUUCUCGCCAAUCAUUUACGAGAAUAUGGUGAAUUUAACAACGUUUCUAGGGCUAUGUGCGCGCUUUGGCGGACGCGGUAAAAUCAAGGCUGUGUUCGAAAUUUGAGAAUGAAAUCAACCACUCCUCCCUAUUAUUCCGUACCUACAAUU